AUGCCUACAUUGAUAGAACACCUGGAUGGCAUCAUCAACAUCUUCCACCAGUACUCAGGUCCGACAAGGGAUCCUGACACCCUCACUAAGAAUGAGCUGAAGUUGUUCAUUACAAGGGAACUUGCAAACACCAUCAAGAACACCAAAGAUCCAGCUACAAUCAACAAAAUAUUCCAGGAGCUGGAUGUAAAUGUAAAUGACGAGGUCAGCUUUGAGGAAUUCGUAUCCCUGGUGGUCUCCGUGUUGCUGACUACCCAUAAGAACAUCCACAAGGAAUAG